AUGCAUGCAUUGAACACAAAUUCACAGAUAACUCUUCGCAAGCAGUUGACGAGUGUGCUAUCAUUCUCUCCAUCAUCAUUCGUCGUCUUCGCCGAGAAAGGGUUUGAUAUGUCAUCUCAAUUAACGCCUUCGAAGAGGGGCCUUGAUGAGGGUGAGGCCUCAGAAGCCAAUGGAAAAGGGAAGUUGCAGAAGUCAACUGAUAUUACUUCCCAAAAUACAUCAUUUAUUGUUUUUCGGGUGGUUUGUCCUGCUUCUAAAACUGAAAGUUUAAUUGGAAAAGAAGGCAACAAGAUACCUGGUGCAAAUGUGAGGGUUGAGGAAACAAUCCCUGGCUGCAAUGAGAGAGUAAUUGUGAUUGAAGGAUCUGAUGGAAUCUCAAAGGAUCAGAAGAAGGAAGCUGAUGAUGAAGAAAAACAUGAGGAAGAUUUGGCUUCUUGUGUGCAGAAGGGUCUGUUUUGUGUGUUUGAAAGAAUGGUGGAAGGAGAAGCAGAGAUGAAUGAAGAAACAUUUGUUGUGAGGCUACUUGUAGUUUCUACUCAAGUGGGCUGCCUUUUGGGAAAAUCUGGUGGUGUAAUCAAGCAAAUGGCUUCUGAAAGCGGGGCCCAAAUAAGGAUUCUUCCUAGGGAUAAACUUCCUGCAUGUGCAUCUUCUUCUGACGAAUUGGUUCAGAUUUCUGGAGAAGUGAGUGCAGUUAGGAAAGCGCUUGAAUCUGUUUCACAGCAGCUUCUGGAUCAUCCAGCUCCAGCUCGACCUCGGGACAAGAGUGGUUCUUUGCCUGGCAACAAUAGCAAUAAUAUUUGUGAGCAAGACCCACAUCCACAACAUCAUCCAAAUGGAAGAGCAGGGCAUCGUGAGGGAGGGCGUUUUGGUCCUUUCACAGACAUGCUAACCUACCGUUUGAUAUGCCCUGAUGAGAAGGUGGGAGGUGUAAUUGGAAAAGGAGGGGCCACCGUGAAGGCACUUAAGCACGAGACUGGAUGUGACAUUAAAGUCCUUGAGAGAAGUGUUGGGUCAGAUGACCGCAUCAUUGUCAUAUCUGGACCAGCGGUCCCAGAUGAGCGGAUAUGUGCUCCCCAAGAUGCAGUUCUUCGUGUACAGACAAGGAUAUUUAGGGCUGCACCUGAGACCAAGGCAGUGACAGCAAAAGUCAUAGUGUCUGCACAUCAGAUUGGAUGUAUCCUUGGAAAGGGUGGUGCAGUUAUAUCUGAAAUGAGAAACUCAACUGGGGCUUUUAUUCGUAUUUUAGGAAAGGAUCAAACUCCACAGUAUGCUGCUGAAAAUGAAGAAGUAGUUCAGAUAAAUGGUGACUUUGAUGCAGUUCAGGAGGCCCUUUUUCAAAUAACCACAGCCUUGCGGAAUCAUUACUUUCGGGAUGCAUUUCCCUCCAUGAAUCAUCAUCCAAAUCCAAAUCCAAAUCCUGAUCAUGGCCCACCCUUUCCAUCAUCAUACAUGGGAAUGGGAAUGGGAAGGUACUCCUCCUCUUUCAACCGCUUUGAUGAUCGUCCUCCCCCUCCAUAUAUGCAUGAUCGACCAGGGUUCUCCCACCCCCACCAACCAUGGGCUCCUCAGGUAUCCUUCUCUCUAAAUUAG